CGCACGCCGCAAGACGUCAUGAUCCCGUCGGAUGAGAUUCGCAACUGUCAGGGUCUGGCGUUCAUGUGGACGUACAAGGUUGGCAUGUUUCUCUCAUUCUCCGCUGGGAACGGCAUGGUGAUCCGCAAACGCGUGGGUAGCGGGGGUGACAUCGAGUGGUCGCUGCCGUGCGCCAUCUCGUUCGGAGGCGCCGGGGGCGGGCUGGACUUUGGCGCGGCGUGUUCGUCCACGGUUGUGGUUCUCAACACGAAGGAGGCGGUGGAGUACUUCUCGGGGCUGCACGUCAAGCUCGCGCUCGACGCGCAGGCGUGCGCCGGGCCCGUGGGGCGCGCGGUGGAAGGUGCCGUGGCCAUCGCGCCGGUGGACCCGCAGAUGUCGAAUUUCGACGCGGAGCAGUACACCACGUACGGCACGUCGGAAGGUUUGUUCGCGGGGGCUGGCGCGCACGCCACCUGGAUCAGCGUGCGAGACGCGCAGAACGAGGACUAUUACAGGAGGGAGAUGUCGGGACGGGACAUACUGA